UGUAUUUCAAAUCAGAGCCUGGGGAAGACUUUUGACAUUUUCUCCCACAAGCCCGCAAACCGCCCAACCUCGAGAGUCUAAGAAGGAAGAACAUCCUGCAUUAAUUGCUCACUCUAUCUUAAUCCCCCGCCAUCCAAGAAGAGAAAAGCGACCGGAUAACCGCCGCCCACCGGCCUCCGUCACGAUGGCGCCCAUUUCGAUCGAUUUCACGUCCGACUUCGACGACCCCACCAUCUUCACCCCCCAGUCUUCGUCCAGCACCAACAAUGGCCCGCGGACCCUCCUGCUGGCGCCGCCCUCGAUCGCCUCGCGCGAGGAGCGCAUCAGCUCCCUCUUCACCACCUUCAGCCGCGCCACCACAGAACUGCAGAUGCUAGACCGCCUCGCCGUCGGACUCGUGACGCUGCCCGCCGCCACCUACGACCUGGUCUUGGUGCUGACCGACCCCGACGGCAGCCGCCGCGCAGAGGCUGCGGGUCUGCUGGGCGGGCGCGACGUGUGGGCGCGCCUGGUGCCUGCGCUCAAGGCCGGCGGCGCGCUGCGCAGCGAGGAUGGAAGUCUAGGGUCGUCCCCCAGCAACACCACCGCGGGGACAGAAGUGGCGGCGGCGGCCCGCGAGGCCGUGCUGGCGGGCCUGGUAGCCGACAGCGGCGGCUUCACCAAGCCAGAGUACGCCGAGGAGGAGGCCGUGCCGUUGCGGUUUGGGCUGAAGAGGAAGGGCGCGAACGGGAGUAUGACGACGGCCCCCCCCCCCGCCGCAGCCCCGGCAGUGGUGCCGACAGGAGUUGGAUUCGUCCGCUUCAGCGACGACCUCGACCUAGAUGCCGAAGACGACGACGAACUCGACGACGACGCGCUCAUAGACGAGGAUACGCUGCUGACCGAGGAGGACCUACGGCGUCCGGUGCCGCUCGCGCCCGAGUGCCAGCCCAAGCCGGGCAAGAAGCGACGGGCGUGCAAGGACUGUACCUGCGGCUUGGCAGAGCGGCUCGAGGCCGAGGACAAGGCGCGGAGAGCCAAGGCGGAUAAGGACCUGAACGCGCUGAAGCUGAACGUGGCAGACCUGAACGAGCUGGAGCUCGAUCUCACCGUGCCAGGCAAGACGGGCUCCUGCGGGAACUGCGCAUUGGGCGACGCCUUCCGAUGCGAUGGGUGCCCGUACGUCGGCUUGCCCCCGUUCAAGCUAGGCGAAGAAGUCAUGAUCCUCAACAAUGCCGCGCAGCUGUGAGGAGACCCUCACACUCGGGACGGGAACACACACUGAGACUUGAAACCAAAAGCCGCUGGCCUGCCGCUUUAGCUGCGAAUGACACGCUCCGGGUUCUUCGCGGGCAGUAUAGACGUGCAGUUGGGGAAGGAUUAUUGGUAGAAGUCCACCGGGCAAGGUGGGGAAGAAACCGGUAGGCGUGCAUGGCCACACAUGGAGGAAGAACUGCCAAAGCCUGUUGAGCGAGCAAGCAGUAAGUGUGCGCGUUACGUGCCUUGGGGGAAAUUAUUAGACACCUACAGUAAGCAAUAGACAGACAACAGCCAGAGAGCUACGUAGUCGGGUAAACGGAUAGGAAAACGGGCAGGUAGGCAAAAAAACGAGACAUGACCCCCUUUUCAUCAACGGACGAGACUGGAAUCUACUGCAGUGGUGACAUGCUCGCUAUCUAAACACCUUAUAUAAGGCAGCAACCUACCCUCACAAUUUCACUAAAAAAAACUAAUCAAA